UCUGGUUUAUGAGACAAGGCUGGGAAAGCACUAACCAUUCUGUGAGCUAUGCGAUGCUGCAAAGCGCACCGUGCGUAGAUCAGCAAAGCGCAGAAUCUUCGCAGUGGAUGGAGGCAAACGGAGUAAUGAAAGAUGCUUUAGCCUUGAUGAAUCUAACGGGCAUUUCGUGGACAGCUUUGUGUCAGUAAAAAUUGACACUUUGAAGCGAGUGGUGCAGUGGAUGAUAUUCUGAUGGGUUGUGGAGGAAGCCGGUCCGACACAAUAAUCGAACCGAGGUAUCAUGAAAGCUGGACCCGAGAAACCGAGUCGACAUGGCUCACCAAUACAGACGCCGAGGCUGCUCUUUCUACUAUCAACAGUAAAGGGCUGGAGGGUAUUCAGAAGGAGAAGAGGAUGAUGGUGACCACAGGGACCCAGUGUGGGAAGCAGACCCUCACCAGCUCUGGACCCAACCACUGGCGGUCCUGCCACGAUGUAGGCCUCACUCAAACAAAAAAAGAGUCCAGAAGGAGAGCAUCUAAGGAGGUGCCUGCUCCGUCUAAAGCGGUCCAGUCGGUCAGUGGCAGUGAAGACACCGUCCCACUCAGUCAGGCCGGUGAUGAAAGGUGAAAACAGCCAGAGGAGGUUGGAGAAC